GGGAGGGAGGGAGGGAGGGAGGGAGCGGCCGGCGCCACAUCGCAGGAUCCCCCGGGAGGGACGCGGGCUCCCGGCCCCAGCCCGCGGGGAGGCAGCCCCAAGGAGCCCGAGAUGGCGGACAGCGCCGCGGCCACCGCCGCCCCCCGCGCCGGCGUGAAGGGCAGCUCGGCGGGGCCGUGGUGGAAGUCGCUGACCAGCAAGAAGAAGCACAAGGAAGCGGCGGCCACCCCGCCGCCCCCCCCCCGCCUCGCCGCCAGCGAGGCCCCCGCCGCUCCCCCCCCCGCCAGCCCCGGCGGCCGGGAGGAGCAGCCCACCCCCUUCGGCGGCGGCGAGGCGGCGGGGGCGGGCGGCGGCAACCGCCGGAGCCUCCGCGUCUCCCACUCGGGCCGCUUCAAGGAGAGGCGGAAGGUGCGCACCUCGCUGCUGGCCGACAGCCCCGAGGUCUUCGACGGCGGCGGGGCGGCCGGCCGUGCCGCCCAGGGGGGCGAGUAGCCCCGGGGACGUGGGGGGGGGUGGGGGGGGGUGGGAUUCGCCCCCGGAGCCGCGGCCCUGUGAGGAGCCGCCACUGGAUGGACGGACGGACGGACGGACGGCGGGAGCCCCACCGUUGGGGUUGGCCUUGCUUGGCCCCGUGGGCGACGCGGGGGUGCGUGGCAGCGGCCUCCCCAGCCCCGGCCGGACAGUUCGCGGAGCCCGGCACCUCCGCCCGACGAGUGGAGUCGCGGGCUGUUGUUACACGGACACCGCCGAGACCAACCUCACCCCCCCCCCCCCCCCCCCCCCCCCCCCCAAGAUGACGGGACGAUGGGAUUAUUUUAAACACAAGGACCCCCCCCAGUAAACGCCUCACGCCCGGUACCGCGGCGAGCGGACCCGAAGGUGCUAUCCCAGGGCCGAUGCUGGGGCUCCCGGUACCCGGCCAGGAGCCAAGGCGCUGACUCCUCAGGCCUGUGACCCGGCUCCUCUCAGCUCUCCAGCCGAGGAGCUGCUUUGCUGCUCUCAUCUCACGCGCUGCCUUAUCAAAGGAAGAGGGGAACAAAGUGCUGUCAUCAAAUUUCAGGGCCGAGGACCUCCGGUGGUGCCGUACGUGCCCCUGCCCUGCCUUGGCUGGCACGCCGUGGAACCCGUCCUCCUUCCCCUGCGGGGGUCAAAGGAGAGUUGCCGUGAGGGUCAGGCACACGCAUUCGCCCGUGCCCCACAUCACGUCGCAUUUAAAUAUGCAGCAGGCAGGACCGAGCUGGUUUGCUCCCUCUUCUCGCUGCGUAACGACAGGCAGGUGUUUCAGAGGCUGCUCUCCCGUGGCUCUGUUACAGAGGGAGGCCGGUGCUGGUUUGUCUUGGCAAUUCACGCUCUUUACGCGGGGAACGCGUCGUUUUUGCAUAAUUGGUGAUAGCUGGCGUAAUGAAGCUCUGAUGAAGAAAUUGUGUGAUGAAAUGUAAAUACUCUUUUGGGAGACUGGACCAGCCCUGGAGAGCACAGGCAGGGUUGCGCUCCUAACGUGGAAAUAGGCUUGGACACCAAGGGAAAUGUUCUUUACUGUUUACCAUGUCCGAGGCUUGUGAAGCAAGGUUAAAGAUUCCCAGGAUUUCUUUUGAUAGCAAGAUAAUGUGCUUUAACUCAGGCAGCUAUCUGCUCCCUCUAACAGCUCCUGAAAUUUUUGAAAAAAAAGUAAACUGUAAGCCAGAUUUGUACUGGUGUUGUGCCUUACAGAGCAAACUCAGCUAAAAACACUUGGCAAUUGCAUAUUUCUUGAUAGUAGGUGAUGUAGCAAAAACCGAUUUAUUUAUUUUAAAUGCAUUCGCAAUAUACUUCAUAUUGUUAAAGUGGUUUUAGACUUUUUCUGAAUGUGAGCAGAGAUACUACAGAGUGGUGGGGACUGAAGAUUGUUUCCUAGCGGUCAAGUACUAUGCAGUUAUGAUUUUGUUUGGUUGUAACUAAUGAUUUAAGGUCAAUUAAAAAUAAAAAGUGACCUGAAAGGAAACAAGAGCUGAGCGCAGAGUUCCAGUUGACAAUAUGGAUUAAACCAGUCACUGACAAUCACCGAAAUGAUGCAGUAGAUGCUGGGCAAGUGCCCCAUGGUUCAGUGUGUGUAAUAAUAUGUAAUGAACUUUGAAAGCUCCCGGGCGAUAAACUCGGGCAACCUAGCUGGCUUAGGUACUCGCCGGUCCUUCACCCAGCUACUCCUUCAGACUGUGAAAUGCAAGGACAGAGGGGCUGUAGCGUCAAAUCUGUUUCCAUAAAAGCUUUUUUCUACCCAA